AUGGCGAAACUUGCUGAAAGUAAGAAUUUCCAGGAUGAGGUAGCUGUUGAUGUGGACCAAAUCAUUGGAGAUGCAGUGGAAAGAGUCAAAUUCGAGAGUGGAGGUGCAAAGUUAGAGGAGCUGAGAGAAUCUGGUGCCGCUGAAGAUGUCAUGCCGGUUACUGCCGGACAGCUUCAUAUGAUUCGACAAUGGCAGGCUUCGAGAGGGAGAUUGUUUUACCCGACUUUUAGCUACCAGAUCUCUGGAACGCUUGAUAAAGUCGCAUUGGAACAAGCUUGGGGGAAGCUGUGUGAUAGACAUGCGAUUCUCCGAACUGGGUUUAUUGAAGUUGGAGAUUCUGUCCUCCAAGUCGUGUUCAAAGACCCAGACAAUCCAGUGCAAUACGAAGAAUCAAGCGUAUCACACGACUUGAUCAACCCACCUCUAACUCUCACGAUCCAGAACAACAACAAUAAACCUCUCAUGAAACUCCGCAUCCACCACGCUCUCUACGACGGCAUCAGUCUCCCCAUCCUCCUCGACGAUCUCCACUCCCUCUACGUCAACAUCAACCACGCUUUCCCACAACCAACCUCAAACUUCAAACAAUUCAUCGCCCAAACUCUCACAUCCUCCAGCACCACCCAAGAAAAAUGGCAAUCCUACCUCUCCUCCGCCCCUCCCAAAACCCGCACCAAAGCGCGACACUCUAAUAGAACAGAAAUAUACCAUCCUUCUCUCCCCAUUUCAUCCUUAAAACCCCGAGCCAGGGAACUAGGUAUCUCAAUCGACGCUCUCCUUCUAGCCUCGGUAGCUAAAAAAUACGCCCAUCACGCUCACACUGCCGAAAAUCUGAUAUUGGGGAUCUACCUAGCGAACCGCGCGCCCUUCGGUGAGGACCUCUCUAGCCUAGCGGCGCCGACGUUGAAUCUACUACCCCUCCUCAUCAAUGACCCAUUAGGUCGAAGUGUAGGAGAUCUGGCGAGGGAGAUUCAACAUGAUGUCACGCGAAUCAGUAAUAAAGAUAUGAUUGGCGCAUCUCUAGACGAAAUCUACAACUGGACUGGUGUAAAAGUUGAGGGGUUCGUUAACAUCGUCAAAUCCCCCGCUCAGAUUCCUACGGAGUCUAAACCUGUGUGGGAGAGUAUUGAUGAAAAUGGUGAUGGUGCCGGGGAAGUCGAGGUUAGAACUGAUGAGAAGUUUCCGGAUGUUGAUGAGAGUAAGGUUGAGGCGUAUCCCGAGACUCUGGAUAUCGAACUGAGAUAUCAUGAUUUUGAGGGAGAGGCGAAGAUUGAUAUUGGUGUUUUUGCGCCGGGGAACAGGAUUUGUUUGGAGGAUGGGGAGGAGUUUGUUAGGGGGUUUGUGGGUGGUUUUUGA